AACAAUGCAAGAUGGCGACGCACUGUGCUUUAAGAAUUUUCGUUCUUUUUGUGAAAGUGACGCUGUUUCUUCCUCUUUCACUUUCUCAGGUAACAACAGAUUCAACUUUGAAUGUGACCAUGGAUAUUACUGACCCCUCUGGGACCAAUGCAGAUGGUUUAACGUCUCCAGAAGUCGUGAUUGAAACAGAAGCCCCUAGUCGUGCUAGCCCAGUCGACACUGCGACAACCAUGACAACCAGCACGACCAGUUUGCCGCCACAGACUGGUGAAGGAGCAACUGUUAUUCCGCCGAACACAGACAUUGGAAGUUGCAUCUGUGACUUGACAGUGAAUGCCUGUGAUGUCAACUGUUGCUGUGAUGAAGACUGUACAGCUGAAGAUCGUUCCUCAUUUACAGUGUGUAGUGACACUUCUAAAAUCAUUGAUGAGCAAGUUUGUUUUCGUUCAACGGUAAUGUACACUGAGAAUGCCCCUGAGGUGGUGAACACAUCCAAUCCAAGCUUUUUUUGCAUUGUGAUUGACAACAAUGAAGGGAGAAACUUCUACACAGUCCCUGAUGUUGUGGGAAACUUGGAAGAAUUUGAAGCGCUUGCCAGCAGUUACGGCUCAUCCUCUUUUGCCCCUCCGGAUGAAACCAAUGCAACUUACGGAGAAUUUUAUACGGCAGGAGACUUGAUGUACACAGUCUAUGAGAGCCUUGCCCUAGGAUCCCUGGGCUUACCUAAGGCUGGUUACAGCAGUCUAUGUGAUGACAGCAACCCAGCAUCAUUCCGCUUUGAUCAGCAGAGCAUCUGUGAUCGUCUGCUGACAGAUUUAGCAAGUGAAUGCGAGACUACACCCUACUUGUCAGCACUGACAUACUUCAGUGGUUUCAAACUUUCACCGACGCCAAGAUAUCUUGUCGAUCAGCAACCAGCCUUGAAUGACACCGAGGAAUUCUACAAUUUCUACAUCAAUGGGUCCCUGAUUGAGGUGACCCUUCAAGAACCAGUGUUGUGUCAGGAUGAAGCUGGACAGCAGACAAGCUGUGGGCUAGAGCCUGGUGUGGUUCCUACCCCAUCCUAUGAUACUCAGUGUAGUAACAUUCUGUUGGAGGUGGCCUACAAUAUAACACACAACAGCUCAGGAGCCAUUGAGGCAGUGGAUGUUCGACUAGUACUCGGUAACAUUACACUGAGCCCCAACAACCUGCGCUUUGGACAGAAAUUUUCAGUGGAAUUUAUGAAGGCAGAUGAAGCGGAAACGUUUUUAAGAAGCGGUAACCCAGGCUAUAUGCCUGGGAUGCCCAUACUAGCUGGAAACCUGGAAUCUCAGGAUAUUGAUGGACAAACAAGGAAUUACAUUGAGUUAAGCAGCAAUCGUGACAGCUGGCUGACUGUUGUGAAGAGCACAGCUGAUGGAUCCUGUGAGACUAAUCCUGACAACAGGACACCAGUCAACUUUGGAGAGGAUCUUAGGACUGGCUGUAUGAUCAGCGUAACAUUCAGCGACACAGCCGACAAGUGUGGAGUGAUUCAAGCUGUGGCCCUCAGUGCUCUAAAAGGCGUCACACGUGGCUAUGUGGCCACAUUUGGCAAUUCGGACGUUGAAAAUGUGGGAGACUGGAUUCCAGUACUCGAUGUGCAGCCCACAGGCUCUCCAUCGAGUUCUGUGGAAGGAACAUGCAACAAUAUGGUGAUGGCUUUACAUAUUGAGGUCAUUUAUGGCAACGUGGGAUCAUUGGUCAACCCACAGGCCAAAAUACUCGGUGUGAGGUACAACUAUGCUGAGGGAACGCUCAGCUAUACGUGCUCUGGUGCCUACUGCCAAACUGGGGCUGGUACUCUCCUCCAGAACUUUGAAGUGACUUCUUCAGUAGCAUUCAUCGAUGCGUCAACACUCCCCACACCCAUCCUUGCUGAAGAUCCUGGAUUUGAGGACAAGCUUCCCAAUGAUUUCUUCUAUCCAUUCACGAUAGGCCGGAGUGCCGUGAUAGAACUUGAUGUCAGGUUGCUGUGGGCUGGAGUGCUAGGGUGCUUAGUACUCAGGACAAAAGUUGUGUGAUCAUUCUCUUUCUACCUUGAGAGUGUUUUGGAGAACUGUAACUUUUGGAGCGGUGUGGUGUCGUGGUCUGCAGCGUGGAUGUCAAUAUAUCUAGCGUAUGAGUUAAGACGUGUCACGAGUCCCAUGCGAUGAACUUUAACACUAAUUGCUUCUACCCACCCAGGAUGAAGAUGAUAACCUGUGAUACAAGGGUUGGCGAUUGUGAUGGAAUGCCAUAGCUGUCUGCCACUGAAAUGGCAGCUCGAGCAUUUUGCUCCUCUGAGAGCAGUGAUGGUUAUAGGAAUGUUUUAUUUUUAAUCCUUUCUUUCGAUGGAACUGAGGGUUCUUUAGAAGAAGACGAGGAAAGAGUUCCAUACCUGGACAUCACUUGACGCCCCUGCACAAACCCUGAUAGAUGGGCUUCAUAGAUUAUAAGAGUUCUGGAAGUAAAUGCUUCAAUACUUUCCCUGCUUUAGUUAUUUUUAUGGACAUCCAUUGCUUUCUGAUGGCUGUUGUCACUGGAGGGCGAUAUGAGUGAUGUCCACAUGGAAUUCUUCCUCAGGGUUGCCGAGACUAAGAGAAAGAGGAUGAGAAUAUGUACAGAGUCGCAGAGAUGGGAAGAAAUCCCUGGAAUAAAUCAGGUUGGAAUUGAAAACUCAAUCCACAUGUGGGCUUGGGUGGGAUUUGAACCUGGGUCUCACAGUUGUAAGGUAAAGAAAAUACCACUGCACCAACCUGACUGCCAAUGUUUGGGGCUCAAGCGUGCAUUCUAACAGAAUCUCUGUCAAACUAGACAAAGUAGAAGACAUGUUAAAUGCUGGACAAAAUUUGCUUACAAGGAGGGCUUGUAUGGUGCAGCAAUAAACAUUUCAAUUGGCGUUGAAGAGACUGCAAGCUGUCACUGUGAAGCACAUUGUAUUUCCGGUGCAGCUAUUGUGACUUUUACACUGCUUAGCAGUGUCAACACAAUAAGCCUUUUGACCUAAAUCUGGUACACUGAGUUCAUUAAAUUCACGUGAACAUAACAACUUGAAUUCUCCAC